AUGGACAACCAAGAUGAUAAUUCACUGCAACCUAUCCAAACAAAUAAUAACUCUACCACCCCUAUAGUUUCUUCUACAUCAUCCAUAACAUCUUCUAGCAUUACUGUGAAUAAAAAGACUAGAAAUGCAAUGGCUUCUAUGGCUCCAAUUUUAGAAAGUUUUAGUCCAACCACAUCAAAAAGCGAAAAUAAAUCAUUGAAGUUACAUGGACCAGGAACCCCAGAUUUAGAUACAAUGGAAACUGAAGAUGUUAAUACAACAUUACAAAGAACUUUGAGCAUCACCUCAGAUACGAAUGCCCCUCCUCAUGCAACUUUCUCAAAUUCUCCGUUACACUCAAGUGUAGAUUCUAGUGUACUUGUUAGUUCACCAAUUUCAAAUUCCAUUUCUUUGAAUGGAAACACUAUAGGAGAAAUUCCAAUCUUAGUCAAUAAUGAAUCCCCUUUCCUUUCCACUUCACCAACAAAUACUUCAAUUAAUGCAAAUCUUCUUUCAAAUCCUGUAAAUAAUUCACCUACGCUAGAUAGUUUAUCCAAAUCGGUAUCUUUAAAUUUAAAUUCAAGCCCAAAUCUAAAAGAUGAGUCUUUUAUUCAAGGUAUCCCAUUACCAAAAAGAAAUUCUAAUGUUUCUAAUACAAGUAUUGAUUCAAAAAUUAGUUUAAACAUCAAUGCUAAUAAUACAAUGAAACCAAAACAAAUUAUAACAAUUGAAGAUAUGAUUACCCAACCUUUAAAUUCAACACCUACAUCAACAACAAUUAGUUCACCAUAUCUCAAUUAUACUCCAAACUUUAAUAUGGCUACAAGUACACCAUCUGCGCUGAGUUCUAUGGAUCCUCCUAAUUUGAAAUUAUAUAAUAAUAAUAAUAAUAAUAAUAAUAAUAAUAAUAAUAAUAAUAAUAAUAAUGGUGGUAAUAGUAAAUCAAUCACUACUGUUAUACCAGAAUUUCCAAAAUUACAAUUACCAAAAAUUGGAAAGAUAGGUGUUUGUGCAAUGGAUGCUAAAGUUUUAUCAAAACCUUGUAGAAGAAUUUUAAAUCGAUUAAUUGAAAAUGGUGAAUUUGAAACAAUUAUAUUUGGUGAUAAAGUUAUCUUAGAUGAAAAUAUUGAAAAUUGGCCAACUUGUGACUUCUUAAUUUCAUUUUUUUCAAAUGGGUUCCCAUUAGAAAAGGCAAUCAACUACGUAAAAUUAAGAAAACCAUUUAUAAUUAAUAAUUUAAUUAUGCAAAAAGUUUUAUGGGAUAGACGUUUGGUAUUAAGAGUUUUAGAAUCUGCAAAAGUUCCUACUGCUGAAAGAUUAGAAAUCUCAAGAGAUGGAGGCCCUCAAAUUGAUAAUGAUGAAGAUCUCAAAAGGGAAUUGUUGAAAUUAAACAUUAUAUUUAAUAAGACGCCUGAACCCAAUUGGAGAAUGUUAGAUGAUGAUACAUUAGAGGUGGAUGGCAAAAUUAUGAAAAAACCAUUUGUAGAAAAACCUGUUGAUGGAGAAGAUCAUAAUAUUUAUAUAUAUUAUCAUUCAAAGAAUGGCGGUGGAGGGCGUAGAUUAUUUAGGAAAGUCGGAAAUAAAUCAUCUGAAUUCGAUCCAACAUUAAUUCAUCCUCGUACGGAAGGGUCUUAUAUAUAUGAAGAAUUUAUGGAUGCUGAUAAAUUUGAAGAUGUAAAAGCUUAUACCGUGGGCCAAACUUAUUGUCAUGCUGAAACUAGAAAAUCACCAGUAGUAGAUGGUGUUGUUAAAAGAAAUACUCAUGGCAAAGAAGUCAGAUAUCUAACAGAUUUAACGGAUGACGAAAGAGAUAUUGCUAAAAAAGUAUGUACAUGUUUCUCACAAAUGAUUUGUGGGUUCGAUCUUCUAAGAGUUAGUGGGAAGAGUUAUGUUAUUGAUGUUAAUGGCUUUUCAUUUGUCAAAGAUAACAAUGCCUAUUAUGAUGAGUGUGCAAAUAUUUUAAGAGAUAUAUUUAUUAAAGCCAAAAAAGAAAUUGAUGAAAAGAAGAAAACAUUACAUCUGAUUCAAGAAGAGAAGAAGCAGAAAUGGGUAUUUAAAGGUUUGGUAACUGUUAUUAGGCAUGCUGAUAGAACACCUAAACAAAAGAUUAAGCAUUCGUUCACAUCUCCAAUUUUUAUUUCUCUAUUAAAAGGCUAUAAAGAAGAAGUUGUUAUUAGGAAUCCAAAUGAUCUAAAAAUCGCUCUAUUAGCUUUAAAUAUUGCCCAAGAAGAGAAUGCAGAGGACCAGAAUAAACUUGCUUCAUUAAUAAACGCCUUAAGUAAGAAAUUGGAAAUACCAGGCACAAAGAUUCAAUUGAAGCCAGUAUUAGAGUCUGAUAAUGAAGUAGAAAAAGUACAAUUCAUCUUAAAAUGGGGUGGGGAACCUACACAUUCUGCUAGGUAUCAAGCAAGAGAAUUAGGUGAACAAACUAGGCAAGACUUUGACCUGCUGAAUAGAAAUAUAUUGAAAAAUAUUAAGAUUUUUUCCUCAUCAGAGAGGAGAGUUUUAUUAUCAGCUCAAAUUUGGGCUACUGCCUUAUAUAGAGCAAAUGAAUUUAGAACUGACGAAAUCAACAUCAGACGUGAUUUAUUGGAUGACAGUAAUGCUGCAAAAGAUUUAAUGGAUAAGGUUAAAAAGAAGCUAAAGCUACUUUUGAGGGAAGGGAAAGAGAUGACUCCACAAUUUUCUUGGCCAAAAAAGAUGCCUGAACCUUACUUUGUAAUGAAAAGAGUAGUUGAAUUAAUGAAUUAUCAUAAAGAAUUGAUGGAUUAUAAAUUUGCCACCCAAGACACAGAUUCAAUGCAAUCAGAAUGGUGCUGUGCUGAAGACCCUAGUUUAUUCAAGGAAAGAUGGGAGAAACUUUUCAAUGAAUUUACAUGCAUUGAAAAAGUUGAUCCAUCUAAAAUUUCAGAGCUAUAUGAUACUAUGAAAUAUGACGCAUUACACAAUAGAGACUUCUUAGAGCAUAUAUUUGAUCCAAGUGAUUUAGAAACUCCAGCUAGAGAAAAAUUUAAUGCUCUUUGUCCACAUUCUCUAGUUGACAAAUAUCCAAUUAAUAUUUUGGCUAAAAAUAACUUUAAAAUUGUAGAAUCAAUUAAAAAUAAGCUAAGCAGCACAGACAAACCCUCAAACAGCGUUGGAUCAUUAGGCUGGGUACUUGAGAAGAAUAGCAAGACUUCAGAUAAUGCAAACUCUAUGAUAUCGGUCUUUGAAGAACGCAAGUUUAUGCAAUUUAGAGAAUUAUUUAAACUAGCGAAAGUUUUAUUCGAUUUCAUUUGCCCUAAGGAAUAUGGUAUCGAAGAUAAUGAGAAAUUAGAUAUUGGAUUACUGACUUCUUUACCAUUAGCUCAACAAAUACUUAAAGAUAUUGCUGAUAUGAAAAAUAAAGAGGAUCCUGCAUGCCAUGCCUAUUUUACAAAAGAAUCUCACAUUUAUACAUUGUUAAAUAUCAUAUAUGAAUCAGGCAUACCAAUGAGAAUUAAUCGGAAUGCAUUGCCAGAAUUUGAUUAUUUAUCACAAAUUAAUUUUGAAUUGUAUGAAAGUACAGAUAACAAUGAUGAAAAAUCACAUUCUAUUAGAUUAAAGAUUUCACCAGGCUGUCAUACUCAAGACCCACUUGAUGUUCAACUUGAUGACAAACAUUAUAUUAGUUGUAUCCCCAAAAUAUCUCUGACUAGACAUUUAGACUUAAAUUACGUUCAUAAACAAUUUCACAAAAAAUUUGAAAGGGUUCAUCUACCGCAAACUUUUACCCCCGUCAAUAUUACGAAUCCUAAAAUUGAUUAUUGCACUCAAACUGAUUGUGACAAAAAAAGCAAGCAUGAUACUAAUGAAAAUGACGUAUUUAAUUCUACAAAGUAG